CGUUUAUACGUGCAGCGCCCGUCAUGUGACGCUCUCAUCUCGCGAGAUUGUGACGAAGCCUUGGGCGAUUCGGGACUGCGGGCUGUGGUAUGAAAGAUUGGGACCGUCCCGCUGAGAGCGGGGCUGCAGAGUGGUCCAACUGUUCUCCUCCUGUCUCAAGAUGGUAAAGCCGGAUAUCCACACUCUUGCUCGCCAUCUGAAGCAAGAGCGGCUCUAUGUGAACUCAGAGAAGCAGCUCAUCCAGAGGCUGAAUGCUGAUGUGCUGAAGACAGCAGAAAGGCUCUACCGAACAUCAUGGAUAGCCAAGCAACAAAGAAUUAACCUGGACAGACUCAUCCUCACAAGCGCUGAAGCAUCUCCAGCUGAGUGUUGCCAACAUGCAAAGGUCCUGGAAGAUACUCAGUUUGUGGAUGGUUACAAGCAGCUGGGCUUCCAAGAGACUGCAUAUGGAGAGUUUCUUAAUCGCCUGCGUGAGAACCCACGCCUCAUUGCAUCUUGCCUCGUGGCUGGAGAAAAACUCAACCAUGAGAAUGCCCAGAGUGUCAUACACACUGUCUUUACCUCUCUGUAUGGCAACUGUAUAAUGCAGGAGGAUGAGAGCUACUUGUUACAGGUCCUGCGUUACUUAAUUGAGUUUGAACUGAAGGAGAGUGAUAACCCCCAAAGGCUGCUCAGGAGAGGCACAUGUGCUUUUAGCAUUAUCUUCAAACUUUUCUCUGAAGGCCUUUUCUCCGCCAAGCUCUUCCUAACAGCAACCCUACAUGAGCCGAUCAUGCAGUUGCUGGUGGAAGAUGAGGACCACCUAGAAACUGACCCUUCAAAAUUGAUUGAGCGGUUUUCUCCAGCCCAGCAGGAAAAGUUGUUUGGGGAGAAGGGCAGUGAGGCUUUUCGUCAAAGGGUUCAGGAAAUGGUGGAGUCAAAUGAAGCUAAGCUUGUGACACUUGUCAAUAAAUUCAUAGGAUACUUGAAGCAGAACACAUACUGCUUCCCACACAGUCUAAGGUGGAUCGUCUCACAGAUGUUUAAAACUUUGUCCUGUGUGGAGGGGCUGGAGGUUAGUGAGGUGAGAUCUAUGUGCACCGACCUGCUACUGACUUGUUUCAUCUGCCCAGCAAUUGUGAACCCAGAGCAGUAUGGGAUAAUUUCAGAUGCUCCAAUCAAUGAAGUGGCAAGGUUCAACUUAAUGCAGGUGGGGCGUCUCUUACAGCAGCUGGCACUAACUGGAUUUGAGGAGGGAGAUUCACGGAACAAGAAUAACCUCAGUAAAUUUGACAAAAGUUGUGUGGCUGCUUUCCUGGAUGUGGUUAUUGGUGGUCGAGCAGUUGAAACACCUCCCCUUUCAUCUGUGAAUCUCUUGGAAGGAUUAAGUCGAACAGUUGUAUACAUGACAUACAGCCAACUUAUGAGUCUAUUGGGGUUCUUGCGUACUGUCAUCUCCAGUGACCAACUGCGGGAGGAGGACAGGAUGGCACUGGAAAACCUCCUGGCUACAGUGCCCCAGACCAAGCCAGGGAAGAGUAACAAUGAUACUACACCUUACAGCACCCCUCAGCUCUCACCAGCCACAACACCAGCCUGUAAGAAGAACAGGCUACCUAUAGGUCAGCAGCUGGCAGCCAUGACAGUAUGGGACACAUCUGCCUCAAAUCUCACCGCUCACAUUAACCUGGUGACCCCGUUUGUUACUCGUAGUAGAAGCAAAACAAGCCUGAUGGAAGCAGAGAAUGAGGGAUCUCCGCAGGAAGUCACUCCUGGUCAGCCUGAAGAAGUCCUGGUCAUCUCACUAGGGACUGGUCCCCAGCUCACACCAGGAAUGAUGUCUGAAAAUGAGGUUUUGAACAUGCAGCUGGUAGAUGGGGGUCAGGUGGACGUGCCUGUGGAUGAAUCUAAACUUCAUGGAAAGCCAGACAAAACCCUGCGUUUCUCACUUUGCAGUGACAACCUAGAAGGCAUUUCAGAAGGUGAAUGUUUGGGUUUAAGAAUAAUUGACGUUCCAGGUCCUUCAAAUCGUUCCAACUCAGUUUCCUCUUUGGAUCUGGAAGGGGAGUCUGUAUCUGAGCUAGGAGGAGGACCAUCCGGAAGCAAUGGGGUGGAGGCUUUGCAGUUAUUGGAACAUGAACAAGCUACCACACAGGAUAAUCUAGAUGACAAACUGCGCAAAUUUGAAAUUCGAGACAUGAUGGGAUUGACGGAUGAUAGAGAUAUAUCAGAGACAGUCAGUGAGACAUGGAGCACGGAUGUGCUUGGAAGUGAUUUUGACCCCAACAUUGAUGAAGAUCGACUACAAGAAAUUGCAGGUGCAGCAGCUGAGAACAUGCUGGGAAGCCUGCUGUGCCUUCCCGGCUCUGGCUCAAUACUGCUUGAUCCUUGUACUGGAUCCACUAUAUCUGAGACUACCAGUGAAGCAUGGAGUGUUGAGGUGCUCCCUAGUGAUUCUGAAGCACCAGAUCUAAAGCAAGAGGAGCGGCUGCAGGAACUGGAGAGCUGUUCAGGUUUGGGAAGCACAUCAGAUGACACUGAAGUUAGAGAGGUCAGCUCCCGGCCCAGCACUCCAGGACUCAGUGUGGUGUCAGGUGACUUUCCCAAACCUUUCUAUUCAUUGCCGGGUAUCAGUGCUACCUCAGAGGACAUCCCAAACAAGAUAGAGGACCUACGCUCAGAGUGCAGCUCUGACUUUGGAGGAAAGGAUUCUGUUACAAGUCCUGAGGCAGAAGAGUCUGUUCAUGGACCUCACCAUAUAACUGCACCUCCAACCCAGACUGAAUCCUUGUUGGCCAUGUUUGACCCACUAGCUCCAGCAUCCAAUGAAGUGGUUCGACCUAAAGUACACUAUGCGAGACCCUCACAUCCGCCUCCUGACCCGCCUGUACUGGAAGGAGCAAGUGGGGGAAAUGAAGCUCGUCUUCCUAUGUUCGGUUCUCAUGUAUUUGUUCCCAUGGAGUCUGAAGCUUACAGGCAGAGACACUCAUGUCCUGAAAGACUGGUGCGCAGUCGCAGCUCCGACAUCGCUUCUUCCAUACGGAGGCCAAUGAGUGACCCUGGCUGGGUGCGGCGUGGGGUGAAUGAAGAUAGGGAGCUGCCAACAGGAACUGCAAUUAAUGCACUAAUUAAUCCCCCCCAGGCUUCAUCCUCCUCACCAAGCAAGGACUCUUCCAGGGGAGAGCCAGAAGAAAAAAAAGACAGCGAUGAUGAGCGAUCAGAUAGGAAUAAGCCUUGGUGGAAGAAGCGGUUUGUGUCUGCAAUGCCCAAAGCUCCUAUCCCAUUUAGGAAGAAGGAAAAACACGAGAAGGAGAGGGAAGACUUGGUACAAGACAGGUUUUCAGUAGCAGAUGACUCAACAUCUCAGCUAGGGCCACAUUCCCAGGCAGCAGAAGACAUCCUGGCUAAGUACAGGAAUGCUAUUAAGAGGACAAUCCCCAAUGAAGGUUCCUCCGUGCCCUAUGAAGGAGCAGAUGCUGUUGGAGAUGGAGAAAGCCUUCAUGAUUCUCCUCGUGAUGAAGCUUUGCAGAACAUGGCCUCAGAUGACCUGCUUGAUUCUGCCAGCCAAGUAGCCCACCCACAGGAGCCUGCAUUCUCCUAUAGGGAUGCUAAGAAAAAAUUACGCCUGGCCCUGUGCUCUGCGGAUUCAGUAGCGUUCCCUGUAUUGUCUCAUUCGACACGGAAUGGCCUGCCAGAUCACACAGACCCAGAAGACAAUGAGAUUGUGUGCUUCCUUAAAGUCCAACUUGCAGAGGCCAUAAACCUGCAGGACAAAAACCUGAUGGCUCAGAUCCAGGAAACUAUGCGAUGUGUGAGCCGAUUUGACAGCCGCUCCUGCAGCAAAAUUUUGGCAUCCAUUGCAGAGGAUUACCGGAAGAGGGCCUCAUAUAUUGCAUAUCUAACAAGAUGCCGACAGGGACUACAGACCACCCAGGCUCACCUUGAGCGCCUCCUGCAGAGAGUGCUACGAGAUAAAGAGGUCUCCACGCGCUACUUCACCACUGUCUGUGUGAGGCUUCUACUUGAGAGCAAAGAGAAGGAAAUCCAUGAAUUUAUCCAAGAUUUUCAAAAGUUAACUGCAGCUGAUGAUAAAACAGCACAAGUUGAAGAGUUCUUGCAAUCACUUUACGGGGCUAUGGCACAAGAUGUGAUUUGGCAAAAUGCCAGUGAGGAGCAGCUGCAAGAUGCACAGAUUGCUAUUGAGCGAAGCAUUAUGAACCGCAUCUUUAAGCUGGCCUUCUAUCCCAAUCAAGAUGCAGAUAUUCUGCGAGAUCAGGUCCUGCAUGAACACAUUAAAAGGUUGUCUAAAGUGGUGACUGCCAAUCACAGGGCACUGCAGAUACCUGAGGUGUAUCUGAGGGAGGCUCCUUGGCCAUCUGCCCAAACCGAAAUCCGUACCAUCAGCGCAUACAAGACACCCAGGGACAAAGUGCAGUGCAUAUUGCGCAUGUGCUCAACAAUCAUGAACCUUCUAAGCCUGGCCAAUGAGUACUCUGUCCCAGGAGCAGAUGAUUUUGUUCCUGUGCUGGUUUUUGUCCUUAUUAAGGCUAAUCCCCCCUGCCUACUAUCAACAGUGCAAUAUAUCAGCAACUUCUAUUCCAAUCGGCUCACUGGCGAGGAGUCCUACUGGUGGAUGCAGUUCACAGCUGCUGUUGAGUUCAUUAAAACCAUUGACGAUCGCAAGUAAAUCUGAAACUAAGCUGUCAAAAGAAAAAAAAAAAUGAAGUGGCCACUCUUUCCCAGGUUUUGGCGUCACAGCCCUGCGCCUUGUAUCAUAACUGUACAGACAGAGGGGGUAGUGGUUUUGGUCUUUUACUCUGGGGGGGCCUGCAAUUUAUAACUGACUAGUAGCUUGCAGGCCUUUCUGAUUACAAAAGCAGUCACCUUUUCAUUGGAAAUAUUUGUCCCCACAAAUGCAAAGCCGACUUAUAACCCUCCCCCCUUAUAAUGCUGCAUCAUUUUAAAUGGUACCUUUACUAAACAGAAAAUGACAUUUAACUUGCAGACGUGGAUGUUUUGUUUAAUUUAACUUGAUAUAUAUAUAUUUUCUCUUAGGAUUAGGUAAGGAAAGAAAAAGGGACCACCUAUUAACUAUUCUUAGCAAAUAUACUUGCAGGAUUAUCACUGUAGUUAAACUGCUCUCUAGGGAUCGUAGGCAAUAACGCUGAGUCGUAGACAAUUUCAUGGGAGGGGUUAAAGGGUUACGCUGCUCAAUCACAUUUUGCUAGUUAUUUUAAAUGGGCACCAAAUACCCUGUUUUAUAAAUUCAAAAUAUUUAUCCAUGGAAAGUCCUUUCUGCUUGGGUUGUGGGUGCUGUUACGCUUUACCAAAGUUACAUAACUAAUGUCAGUAUUGACCCGUGUCCAUAUCUCUUGUAGAGACACUCUUCAGCGUCUAUGAAAGGUUAACAAUAGGGAUUUGGAUAUAAGGGUAUAAAACGUGCUUGAGCACAAUUAUUUUGUAUGGCUUGUCUGCACCCCUGACUGGGCAGAUAGUCCUCAUUCGAUUCCUUUGCGAGAGGAAUCAUUCUUUAAAGUGAAGAGAAACAGUUGUAAGGUUUGUAAAGCACAGGAUUUAAUUCACUUUUAAAUUAACCAUCACCUUGCAAACUGGAGCGGCAAUCUAUAGAUAAGUUAUUGGCAGUGACAGAUAUUUUAAAAAUGGAGAUAUCCUAUUAAUUUAUUAUUAACAGUUCCACCUAAUAGUGAAAGGGUGCUUUGGUCGUGAUGCAAUAAAAUUAGUUUUACCUUUAGAUUUUUAUUAGGUUUAGAUUUGCACACCGGUUUAAAUGCCCAGUUACUUUCAUGUUCUUGUAUUCCUCCAAAUCUCUGGUAGACUGGAACAUCUUCUGCCACCAGAGGGUGCAAAAUUGUUUUCAAAAGGCUUUGCUGAAAUAAACUGGAACAUAACAAUCAUACCUAUAGAUUGUCCAUAUUAAUAGCCCAUAUAAAGCAUAUAUUUUUAUUAGGGAGGGGCACUUUUGUUUGGGGGUUAGGUUGAAAGGAAUGUGUGUACGUUUACAAUUCAUGGGAAUAGUAAGUUUAAGCCCUAACAGUUCUAUAGUCACUAAACCACACUUGAUGUAAACAGCACAGAUUGAGCCCACAUCCUCCUAACAGUGCCCCAUGUUACAGACCUGUUAUGUAUUCAAAUCAUUGCUGGAACCUGGAUAAAAGUUGUUUUUUUUAAUAAGCCUAUAAGAUGGCUGCAAAUUAAAUUUUUGUUUUAAUUUUUUAUUAUAGUGUAAAUGAACCAGAAAUUAAGAGGCAUAUUUCAGUGGAUUUUAUUUUACAGAAGAGCAAUUUUUUCCUGCCAAAGCACUUUCUGGAUGAAGUUAGUCAGGGCUUUAAUCCUUAACUAUACUUUGGACCUUUAAGCAGGACUUAGGGCAAUGGAACAUGGAGCAGUUGGCAGUGUUUUGCCGCCGGCAAACUCAAAAUUGCCCCUCCAUUGACUUAAAUAGUAAUGGCCUGGAUCCUGCCUGUGUUCUCAUGGAUCAGACAAUUGUUACUCCUCCCAUGUACUUUGCCAUAAUAGGUGCACAGCCGACAAGCAUUCAGAAUUUAGAUUAUUGGUCAACUAUUUGGCAGCAGUUUCUAGAUUUUAAUAUGGGAGUUCAUAGUGAAAGUAAAGGUGUUUUUUUUUUAAUCCUUCUGAUAACAAUCCAGGGUCUGUUGAUCACCCUGCAUAAAUACGCUGUUACCAAGGCUUUUUUUUAUGCCCCACGCAAUAGCAUACUGUAACAGCCGAUAUAUGGAGAGUGGAGCUCUUCAGCAACAAAAGGCCAUCCAUUAAUAACACAAAUCCAUGCCAUAGGUCUGAUUUUCUGCUGUAAAAUAUAUUCUUUUUAAUUAUUCAUAAUGAAAUAAAAACUGACGGGGGAA